AUCACGCAGAGAACGCGGCUCUGGUUGGCUCGGCGCUAUUAUUAAGGAGGGUCCUGACGACAGUCGCUGUGUUGAAAUUCCAGUGCUAACCAACUUUAGCCGGCGCGCUAACAUGUAAUUGAGCGAAUUUGAAGAGCUUCACGUGCUGCGCAGUCCUGGCUUUAAUAGCGUCAAUGAUAAGUUGCAAACAGGCCGCAGUGUAAACAUUCGCCUCCAUGUUGGCUGCUGCGUGUGCAUCAGCUCCUGCUACCGGGACAUGGCCAGUUAGCCAGUACGCAGCAUUCGUUGGAUAAACGAAGCUGGCGAGCUAGCUGGAAGAAAGGGGGCGAGAGAAAAAAAAAGCCGUUCGGACCGGGGCGGCGGGGGGCGGCUUGUGAACAGGUUCGUCGCUCGGAGGAGGCGGUAAAGCCGGAUGCUGUGACUGCCAUGAGUCCCGCAGGCUGCCCCCAUGUGAACAGCUUCAAAGUGGACAACUGGAAGCAGAACCUGAGGCUCAUUUAUCAGUGUUUCGUGUGGAGCGGUUCAGCCGAGACCAGAAAACGCAAGGCCAAGUCAUGCAUCUGCCACAUGUGCGGAGCCCACCUCAACAGACUCCACUCCUGCCUCUACUGUGUCUUCUUCGCCUGCUUCUCCAAAAAACACAUCCACGAACAUGCCAAGAGUAAAAGGCAUAACCUCGCCAUCGACCUGCUGUAUGGGGGAAUUUACUGCUUUAUGUGCCAAGACUACAUUUAUGACAAAGAGAUGGAGCAGAUUGCCAAAGAGGAGCAGAGGAAAGCCUGGAAGAUGCAAGUGCCGUCGCUAGAUCACCCUGCAUCCACAAGUCCUGAAGUGAAAUUCAAAUCAAAGACGCCGAUGAAUUUUGAAAAGGCGCCUUCAUUCUGCGCCACAGGCAUCGGGGAAAAGUACUCGACAUGGGAGCCAACCAAGAGGGAGCUGGAGCUGCUGCGCCACAAUCCCAAGAGGAGGAGGAUCACCUCCAACUGUACUAUUGGCCUGCGCGGUCUGAUCAACCUGGGCAACACCUGCUUCAUGAACUGCAUCGUCCAGGCGCUGACGCACACGCCGCUGCUGCGCGACUUCUUCCUGUCCGACCGACACAAGUGCGAGAUGCAGAGCAACUCGUGCCUCGUGUGCGAGAUGUCCCAACUCUUCCAGGAGUUCUACUCAGGCCAUCGCUCCCCUCACAUCCCAUUCCGCCUGCUGCACCUGGUGUGGACCCACGCCCGGCACCUGGCCGGCUACGAGCAGCAGGACGCCCACGAGUUCCUCAUUGCGGCGCUGGACGUGCUGCACCGACACUGCAAAGACGACAACGGGAAGAAAGCCAACAACCCAAACCACUGUAACUGCAUCAUUGACCAAAUCUUCACAGGGGGUCUGCAGUCUGACGUCACCUGCCAAGUGUGCCAUGGUGUUUCGACAACCAUAGACCCGUUCUGGGACAUCAGCCUGGACCUACCCGGAUCCUCCACACCUUUCUGGCCCCUUAGCCCCGGAGGAGAUGUGACAGCACUUAAUGGGGAGAGUCACGCCACUGGAGCCACGACACUUAUGGACUGUCUGCGCAGGUUCACCAGACCGGAGCACCUCGGCAGCAGCGCCAAGAUCAAGUGCAGCGGUUGCCAUAGUUACCAGGAAUCCACCAAGCAGUUAACCAUGAAGAAGUUGCCUAUCGUGGCCUGUUUUCACCUUAAAAGAUUUGAACAUUCAGCCAAACUCCGGAGGAAGAUCACUACUUACGUCUCGUUCCCACUGGAGUUGGACAUGACCCCCUUCAUGGCCUCCAGUAAGGAGAGCAGGAUGAACGGGCAGUACCAGCAGACCGUGGAGGCGUUCAACAAUGACAACAAGUACAGUUUAUUUGCCGUGGUGAACCACCAGGGGACACUAGAGAGCGGCCAUUACACCACCUUCAUCCGGCAGCACAAAGACCAGUGGUUCAAGUGCGACGACGCCAUCAUCACCAAGGCCAGCAUCAAAGAUGUGCUCGAUAGUGAAGGGUACCUCUUGUUUUAUCACAAACAGUUCCUGGAGUACGAAUAACCUCCGGGAGGAACCCAAUCAGGAGAAGGUGACGAGUGUGUAAGGGAGAGGCAUGGAGACGAGGAACGCCAGACUGGCUGAAAACGCAGAACCACCGUUCCUCCACGCAGCAGCAAGACCCUGCUGCAGGGACGAAACCCAUUAAAAAUGACUCGUGCAAAACCGCUAGAAAUACAGACAUUUGUGUUCUUGCUGAAGUCAUCACUUGAAUUCAGGACAUAAGGAGGGAAAAAGAAGCUGUGAAAGUCUGCUCUUGCUUUUCAGAUCAUGGACAGUUGGUGUCUUAUCCCGACAUUUUUUUUUCUGUUGAUCACGACGUAAAACUCCGGGAAGUUUUAGAUUUUUUUUUUUCUUUUUCUGUUUUUUUUUUUUUUUUUCAAACCCCUCUUCCGUCUUCGUGCUUGCACAGCCGCAUUCAUCACAGGCAACGUUUCCGGACACGAGCGCAUACAUCCUCUGCAAGACCAAAUAUUUUCAGCACGGAAGUUUGUCUUAUUAUGCAGUUUCUAUCCAGAGUUGGGAAUAAUGGAAGACCAUCAUCUGACAGUAUUCUAACAUUAUUCCACAAUUAUUAUUUGUCAGAUUGUUGUAGUGGUACUAUUAUUAUUAUUAUUAUUAAUAAAAAAAAAAGGCUUCCAUUGUUAAAGAGGGGAAAUGACCCAGUAAAUAUAUUUUUAUACAUCUUGCAUUCGAAUGGUUUGUUUACGGUUUUGCAUUCUCUUUGACAAAAGAAAAACAAAAUGCAUUAUUCGUCUGUUGAAUCGUGUCGUCAAUCAUGUUUUUGUGCACAGAAGACAAAAAGAUGCUAAUGAUUUUUGUGAAGCUGCUGCUAUUGCCGUAUUUUUGUUUGUUUUUCUUCAUCUAGUGCUCAACAGUUAUUGGCACCGCCGGCUUAGCUGGUGUAAAAACCGAUAAAUUUCUCUUUUAUUGCAUUACAAUAAUCUCACCCCGACAAAAUUAAGAAGAGUCCAAUUUUUUGUGAAAUCAUUGUCUUAUUUCAGUCACCCCCGUCUUGGCACGCUUCAGCUCAAACCGUCCGAUUGUGUGUUAAUGCCAAGACAUGAGUGUGUAGGACGCUCCGCUUCAGCCAUGGUGUGUUUUCAUCUUUAGCUGCUACAGUAUUUUUCUAUUUGAAGUCGUAUCGGUGGCUCCUCUGUCUGGGUUCCUCCACUUUAGGAGGAGCUUUAACACAAAUUCAUUCUUUUUUUCUUUUUUCCCUCCACACCAGUUGCAGUAGGUUUGACAACUGGUUGGCAUGUAGACGGUGUCUUUAUGGUUGCAAUGGACACUUUUCUCUUUUACCUUCCUGUUGGGGGGCCAAUCAGUGUCCUUGUACGUAGUGUGGCCAGAAUAAAAGAAAGCUGACCUUCCUGUGUUUACUUUAACUUUUUUUUUUUUAAAGUAAAACAGAUAUAAAAAAAAUUCCUUCAGGAUAUGAAUAGUUGUCUCUUUUUUUAAAAAAAAUCAACAUUAUUCUGCAUAAAUGUACAGUUUUUGUGAGGUUAUUUACUGCAGUAAAAUAUAAAUUUAUGACGAUCUCGACACGGAAUGCCAAUAGGUUUUUUUGUUCGUUGGUUUUCUGUGACUUUUUUUUUUUUCCCCCUCCCCGCGUCGACGGCAUGUUGUCGUGUUGCUGUUUCAGGUAAAAGUCCUAAAGCGAAACGAAUGGAAGACAAAGAAGAUCGAGUCUGUGUGAAGGGUCAAAAGCCGCAGCGUUGACCCGUCAGCCGCACGCCGCUCCGACUGAGCCGUCCGUUUCCGUCUACGAAAGAGGGAGAAACUCAAAAAGCGUAGAGGAGAUGUUUGUAUAAAAUGUGUUCUGUGUAAAGAGAAAAGAAAAAGACGUGUGAGAUCUUGUUUGUAUGCACGUGUGUCGUGCGUAUGCACUGUACGUUUGUGUACUGAAUCAGUACUUGCAUUCAGCAUGCUGUCUAAGCUGGUAUCACAGUUUGAUAUGUUUUAAAAUUUUCUUUCUCUUCUGCUCACAUGAUGAUGAUGAUGAUAUGAUGUGCGUAAAAGUGUCUACAGUUUGUACGUACGAGACAACAGGUGAAAAUUCAAAAGCCGACGGAAGCCGGGGAAACUGUCCUGACUGAGCUCAGCAGCUGUCCCAUACACACACACACACACACACACACAGUUGUUAUUGCUGCAAAAACUGGCCAGAGUGAUGGAAACACUCAAAUAAACUAUCUGGGAAAAUCA